CAGGCAAGUACUGUCAAUCGAGCCAGAACCCCAUGGCCCUCCUGAAUGAGAGGCGCCGUGGAGAGAAGAGACGACCGAGUCGAGUCUGUGAAGACCUCCUUCCAUAUCGUUACGCGACACAUCGAGAAGUAGACUUAGGGCGCGAGUUCAUCUCGGUUUCGGUGUUCGUUAAUCUUGCCCAUUACCUAUCCAAACAUGAUGUGUUAGCUCUUGCCCGGGACACUUCUCUCUUCGGAAAAGCCAAGAAGUUGUUCACAGACGAGGAGCUUCCGUCGUCAUGGUCAGAUUGUCUCAGAGAAUGGAGCAAGACAAGCCCGGAACUGGGGUUGCAGUUCUACUGUGAGAUACGAGGCUUACAGGCAAAUCCUCGAAAGCGAGGAACCGACACUCCAGUCCCCGAAACAAAGAGGCAAUGUGUCAUCCUGCCAGAGGCCCAUGAUGCUUCCCAGAAUCAUCUACCGUCCGCCGAAACUGACCGCACCAAGGAACCAUUGGUCGCAAAUGAAUCCAUGCCAAAUAUCACUGGAACCAUCUCGACAAACACCACGACGCCGCCACGUACGCCUGAGCUAGGAACGCAACAGACCCCAGACACUCGGCCAGUGGACAACACAGCCCCAGAGGAUUCAAGUCGUCCUCGGCCGACAAACACUCGCGACCCUGGGGACCUCAACAAACAUCCUACUCAGAUCCCGGAAACUCAUAAGAAAAUCAUGGCCAUGACUUUGUCCCGAUGUCGUGUGGCUGUCUACCCGGUUCAAGUGUUUCCUGACUUGAUUCAACCGAUGAGACAAGACAUACAGUUUCGACGCCAAGAACCCGGAGGAUUAACCUAUCGCUCAGAUCUUAUCAGAAGUGGCGCAGGCCAGUUCCAUAUCGUGGUUUCUCAAGGAAUUCUGGACAAGCUAGGACAACGUUGUGAUGACCAGGAUGAUAUCGUGGUUCCCUCGUCGCUAGCAGCAGCUCUGUUCAUAGUUGGAGACUGCCAUCUCGCUACGUCUAUAUUUUGGCCUACCAGAGGAAGCGUCACUCAUAUCAGGAAAGGCUGCGAUGUUUUGUGGGAAUCAGUUUCGGAUUGGGCACCUUUUUUGAACCACCUGUGGACUAAACGGUCGCACGUGCCUGAACUUUGUUCCUUGCAGACAAUGCUCUUGUCGUUUCCGGCGAGUGAGGGACGACCAGAUGUUAGACAUGCUGCUCCUUCUGUGGCUUCUUUUUUCUGACGUACUCUACACGAGCAUUAUCCACAUAGAGACCUCCUUUGGGAACCGGAUAGAGCCAGAUACCAGUUACUUCCGCAUACUCUCCUGUAAUGACUGCGUCUAAAUCCUCGUCUGCGAACAUCACGAUGCCCUCGUUCUGUAUUCUUUCACCCUUCGC